GGGGCGCGAGGGGAAGGGGCGCGGCCUCCCCAUCCCAUCUCUCCGGGUCCGCCCGCACCCCGAUAGCCGCCCCCCAUUGGGGUGUCCCCCUCCCUUGUUGCUAAGGCCCAGACCGUCAUCCCAGUAACAGCCUCAGUCAUGUGACCGGCAAUGGCGGCGCUGAUGAGAGUAAUGGCCAGCUGCGUGGGCAAGUAGAUUGCUGCUGCUGUCACCACCCAUGGGCUUUCAAGGUCACACCUCAUACAAGUAAGGAGCAAGGACACAGAGAGAGAGCCUGCAUGCCAAUUCUAAGCUCUUCAGGAUCAAAUGUCGUUCGUCCUGUCCAGAAUGGCAGCCUGUGGAGGCACCUGCAAGAACAAGGUGACUGUCUCCAAGCCUGUAUGGGACUUCCUGAGCAAGGAGACCCCAGCCCGGCUGGCCCGACUUCGGGAGGAGCACCAUGUGUCCAUCCUCAUAGAUGGCGAGACUUCGGACAUCUAUGUGCUCCAGCUCUCCCCCCAGGGCCCACCCCCAGCAGCUCCCAAUGGGCUCUAUCUGGCCCGAAAAGCUCUCAAGGGGCUGCUGAAAGAGGCAGAAAAAGAGCUGAAGAAAGCUCAGAGGCAGGGGGAGCUGAUGGGGUGCCUGGCUUUGGGGGGUGGAGGAGAGCACCCCGAGCUGCACCGUCCAGGCCCACCUCCUCUUCGAGCAGCGCCACUUCUGCCCCCUGGGGCCCGGGGACUCCCCCCUCCUCCGCCUCCCCUACCUCCUCCCUUACCUCCCCGCCUUCGGGAGGAGCCUGAAGAGCCCGAGCGCACCUGCCCCAUCUGUCUGGGGGAGAUUCAGAACGCCAAGACCCUGGAGAAGUGCCGCCACUCAUUCUGCGAGGGUUGCAUCACUCGGGCCCUGCAGGUGAAGAAGGCCUGUCCCAUGUGUGGUCGCUUCUACGGGCAGCUGGUGGGGAACCAGCCCCAGAAUGGGCGGAUGCUGGUCUCUAAGGACGCCACCCUCCUACUGCCCAGCUACGAGAAGUAUGGCACCAUCGUCAUCCAGUAUGUCUUCCCGCCCGGCGUUCAAGGGGCUGAACACCCGAACCCAGGAGUUCGGUACCCUGGCACCACACGGGUGGCCUACCUCCCAGACUGCCCCGAGGGCAACAAGGUGCUGACCCUGUUCCGGAAGGCAUUUGACCAGCGGCUCACCUUCACUAUUGGCACCUCCAUGACCACAGGGAGACCGAAUGUCAUCACUUGGAAUGACAUCCACCACAAGACCAGCUGCACAGGGGGACCUCAACUGUUUGGGUACCCGGAUCCCACCUACCUGACUCGGGUGCAGGAGGAGCUGAGAGCCAAGGGUAUCACGGACGACUGAAGGGCCCCCCCCACUACUCUGUCGCAGCCCUGGCACUUCUCCACUAGGAUCCAGCGGGAACCUCUGUCCUCUCCUCUCCCUCGGCCCCCCACACCACCCUCGCAGGGGACCGGACUGACCAGGGAGGGAGUCCUAAGGUGGAGGGGACAGGCCCUGUCCCCCACAGGCCUAGUGUUUCAGUGCUCUGUGAGCCGCUCCCUUCUGGCAGGGCUGAUGUCCCGGCUCCGGCCCCUCCUCCUGUGUACAUAUUCCCUCCACUGCCCUCAGCUUCUGGUAUGUGCUAUAAGCUCCAGUGACUUAGCUGAGAGCAUCGGGCGGGGAGUGGGGGGGUCCUGCACCCUUUCCUCCCAUUCUGCUCUGGCUGAACCGCAGGGCAGGGCAACAGGAGUGGGGCUGUGAGUCCCACCCCACCCCUCCUUGGAGCUGCCCUGUGUCUCCCUCAGAAACAAGUCCCCCUUUUUUCCCUUGUCCUCGCCCUUCCUGUGUCUCUGUCUCUGUCAAGUCUCUGUCUUUCUCCCGCUCUUCCCUGCCCCCUCGACGAGCCUCCUCCUUACCCUGUUCUGGAAUCUCCGCCAGACUGUAGCUUUUAAUUUAAUAAAAAUAAAGUAAAAUAUGCAA